CACACCCCAUAGUUCCUUGGUACCCUAGAGGCUCGAGUAGAUCGGUGUUUCAAGACUAACCCUUUUUUUUUUUCAUUAAUAACUAAAGAAACAAUGGCACACCUAGAUGCAAUGUACCAGUGGGGGCAACUGAACCCCCUGGGAAACAGGACUGUUGUCGACAGCGUACCACCCGAAAUGCUCCAUCUUGUCGACCCCCACUGGUACCAGUUUCCUCCAAUGAAUCCCCUUUGGCACGGAAUCCUUGGCUUCGUUAUAGGAGUUCUUGGGGUUAUCUCGAUUGUAGGUAACGGUAUGGUCAUCUACAUCUUCACGUGUACCAGAACCCUUCGAACUCCCUCCAAUCUGUUAGUAGUAAAUCUCGCCUUUUCGGACUUCUUGAUGAUGGUGUGUAUGUCUCCAGCUAUGGUUAUUAACUGCUAUCAUGAGACAUGGGUAUUGGGACCCUUAAUGUGCGAGUUAUACGCAAUGUUUGGCUCACUUUUUGGCUGUGCUUCAAUUUGGACAAUGACAAUGAUUGCUCUAGACAGAUACAAUGUAAUCGUUAAGGGUUUAUCUGCCAAGCCAAUGACUAAUAAGACAGCGAUGCUGAGGAUAUUAUUCAUUUGGGCAUUUUCAUUAGCUUGGACCAUUGCUCCAUUUUUCGGCUGGAACAGGUACGUACCGGAGGGCAACAUGACUGCUUGCGGUACUGACUACCUCUCCAAAGACUGGACCAGCAGGAGUUACAUUCUAGUGUACUCCGUGUUUGUAUACUUCGCACCUCUCCUCACCAUCAUCUACUCAUACUUCUUUAUCGUCCAGGCUGUAUCAGCUCAUGAAAAGGCUAUGAGAGAGCAGGCCAAGAAAAUGAACGUCGCAUCACUAAGAGGAAACGACAAUACCUCUGCUGAAGCUAAACUUGCCAAAGUGGCUUUAAUGACCAUUUCACUCUGGUUCUUGGCUUGGACACCAUACUUGGUCAUCAACUACUCAGGGAUCUUUGAGACAUUCAAGAUCAGCCCUCUCUUUACUAUCUGGGGAUCUCUUUUCGCCAAGGCUAAUGCUGUAUACAAUCCUAUUGUAUACGCCAUCAGCCAUCCUAAGUAUAAGAUAGCUCUCCAGCAGAAGUUCCCAAGCCUCUCUUGUACCGCACCACAAGACGAUGGUACCUCGGUAGCUAGUGGCGCCACCACCGCAACGGAAGAGAAAGUCCCCACGGCAUAACUUCCACCUGUGUCGUGUCAAAGACAUCUUCAUGUCAAAAAGACUUGAGCCAAGUAGCUCAUGUUAACUGACUUCCUUCCGAGACGUUGAAUUCGAUUUUUUAAAAAAAGGAUAUGACUCGGACAGUAAAAGGAAAACUACAAAUGUACAGUGGAAAAAAUAGGUUAUAG